AUGGGUCAUUCUUCAGUUGCCAUUGUUGAAAGCAAUGAAGUAACUUGGAAUAAUACAAAUGUCACUAUUGUGGGAGGUGAAGUAGGGACAUAUUUUGUGGAUAUGAUUGAUUUUAGCGAGGUAGAGGAGAUGCAUGGUGGUGAUAAUAGUACUGAAAGAAAUGAAGUGUCAGUGUACUCUGCCCCUCCUAAUUUGGGCUGCUUCAACACAGCUGCCCAGUUGCCAAUAAUGCGUUUAGGAGGAGAAUCUGAACCCACUCGUCAACAUUAUUGGAGUCAAAUGGGUGAACAAAAUCGGUACAAUGCAGCCGGUGUAAAUGAUGAAGAAGCAUAUUUGGACAGCGGGUUUUCACAAAGUGAUUGGAAUCCGAAAAUUACAGUUGGGCAAAUUUUCCCUAGUAAGAAAGCAUUGUUGACAGAGUUACGAUUGACGGCAUUAAGAGGCCACUUUGAAUUUAAGGUGCAAUUCUCUUGCACUAAGAGGUUCGUAAGUGACAAGCAUCGUCAAGCAACCGCAGCACUUGUAGCCACUUCACUUAAAAGGAAGUUGAAGGAUUCUCGGACAAUAUACACACCAAGUGACAUUAUGAGAGAUGUGAAACACAACUUUGGUUGCACCAUCCAUUAUUCGAAAGCUUGGAAAGCAAGGGAGUUAGCUCUAUUGUCCAUUAGAGGAUCAGCGGAGGAGGCAUAUUAUAUCCUUCCAGCUUAUUGCUAUGAAUUGGAGCGUAUGAAUCCCGGCACAAAAACACACAUCCAAACUGAUGAGAACAAUCACUUUGUGUAUUUAUUUAUGGCGGUUGGCGCAUGUAUUAGAGGAUUCCGUUCUUCCAUGCGCCCAGUGAUAGCCGUGGAUGCCACUCAUUUAAAAUCCAAGUACAAGGGUGUUAUGUUUGUAGCAAAUGCAUUCGAUGGUAAUCGAAAUAUAUAUCAUCUUGCUUUUGGGAUUGGGGAUUUGGAGACGGAUGCAUCAUGGCAUUGGUUUUUCACUAAACUUCAUGAAGCCAUUGGUGAGUGUCCCAAUCUUGUUAUUAUUUCUGAUCGCAAUGUUAGCAUAGAGAAUGUGUGGAACAAAAUUUUUCCAACUGCACAACAUGGCAUAUGCUUUUAUCAUAUGAAGGGGAACAUGAAACGCACUUGCAAGUUGAAAAAGCGUGAUCACAUACUUAUGCACUUUGAGCAGGCUGCGAAAUCUUAUUCCAUUGCUGAAUUUGAUUGUCAUUUUCGCAAGAUCAAGCGAAAGGAACAUGUUGCUCAAUAUCUUGAAGAGGCAGGGUUACAUAAGUGGUCUAGAGCUCACAUGGAUGGACGCCGCUACAAUGUAAUAACAACAAAUGUUGCGGAGUCAAUCAACUCAGUCCUUAGGUUUGCAAGGAUGCUGCCAGUGGUUCAUUUGAUAGGGGAAAUUGUUAAUCUCCUUGUGAAAUGGUUCACCGAACAUCGUGAGUUGGCUUUGAAUUGCACAACAACAUUGUGCCCCAAUUUUGGAGAGAAGAAGUUGAGGAACAGGUUGGAGGAUGCUGCAAGGAUGAAUGUGGUUAAAGUAAAUAAUGCACAGUUUAAUGUUUUGGACGGUGAUAUGGACGGCCUCGUAGAUUUGACGAACAACAGUUGUAGUUGUAGAAAGUUUCAGCUUGAGCAGCUACCUUGCAAGCAUGUAGUUGCAAUUUGCCGCUUCUUGAAAGUAAAUGUAUACGCAAAGGCUUCUCGGUAUUACACUCGGAAAACCUGGAUGGAUGCUUAUUCGGAUAGCAUCUACCCGGUACAACCUCACGGAAUGUGGGAUAUUUCUGAAGAUGUUCGAAGUCGAGUUGUGCUGCCUCCCAUGGCAAGGGUCAUGCCAAGCAGACGAAAGAAGAUAAGAAUUCCCUCGCAAGGAGAGGGCACCAUUAGAAGAAAAUGCUCAAGGUGCGGUUCCGCAGGCCACAAUAAAAGCACCUGUAAAAACAAUAUUCCAUUGCGCAAUGUAUCUUAG